CACAACUUCUACACAAUGCUUCUACAGAGCUUAUGGGACUUUAUUCUGGGAUAUCAUGCGUGGCUUAGAUCGCCUUUCUUCCCUGUCCUUUUCUCCCUCAGCAUCUACCUUAUGUUCUGUAUGCCCUUCUUGGUGCUGGACUUUCUCUCGCCCAGGCUGGCCUGGAUCAGGAGCUUUAAGAUCCAGCAGAAGAGUCAUGUAUCCUGGACUAUGAUGUGGAGCUGCCUGGCGCAUUCCCUCUACAUCCAUGUGGUGUAUCUCUUCCCUGUUACUGUGCUGCACUGGUAUUGGAGACCAGCCAGCUUCAUAGCCGAGGCCCCCGGGAUGCUGCGCUUCAUUUGGGACAUUGUUGCCUGCCUCCUGCUCUUCGACUUCCAAUACUUUGUCUGGCACCUGCUGCAUCAUAAGGUGCCCUGGUUAUACCGGACAUUCCACAAGGUGCACCACAAGCACACGUCUACCUUCGCCCUGACCACUGAAUACUUAGGGGCCUGGGAGACGCUGUCUCUGGGCUUCUUCGCUGCGGUCAGCCCCCUGCUGCUGGGCUGCCACCCCCUGACUGAGAUGCUCUUCUUUGUGUUAAAUAUCUGGCUCUCUGUGGAGGAUCACUGUGGCUAUGACCUACCCUGGUCCACGCAUAGACUGGUGCCCUUUGGGCUGUAUGGGGGAGCUCCGCACCAUGACCUGCACCACCUGAAGUUCAAGUCCAACUUUGCUCCUUACUUUACCCACUGGGACCGGCUUUUUGGAACCCUGCACAAGCCCUCUGACUAAAGAACUGAGGAAUAUGCAAGUGGACUUAUCAAUGAUCUUUUACGUUAAAAGAAUUGGAUGCAGAAUGAAACUGUUAACUGUCUUCUCAAUCAGCGAGUAGAGCAUGUUUGACAGUGGAUUCAUAUUUGCAUAGUCUCUAUUAGAAGAGGUAUUGAAGUGUCCUAGGGUGGUCCAGCUGUCUGUAAUGCUGCAGGUUUCCUUCAAAUUCAGCCUAAUUCCCACCUCUCAAUUGUUAUCUAUUUGUACUUUCUCUCUGCGUUUUAGCAAAAUGUACUUUUUUAUCAGUUUUUUUAUUUUUUAGAAAGAAACUGUUAAGGGGUUAAGACACUUUGCGAUGUAUUUAUUUUUUUAUAUAAAUGCUAUUUAUAUUAAUAUUUAUUUCAUGAUAUAUGUGAUUUAAUGUAUUUCUGUACAGCCUUUACGUAUUCUCUGACUGUUGUCUAUGUAACUCUGUUGGUAGAACAUGGCAUUUACAAUUCCAAGAUUUUUUGUUCACUUCCCACACUGAGGCCAGUAUUAAAACAUUUAUGAAAAAGAAUGCAUUACAUAUGUAGAAUAUCUAAAAAUAAGUCUUACAUUUCCAGAUUGUGGUAUUUGUAUGUAUGUUGAAUGUUUGUAGGUGUUGUAGGUUUGUAGGUGUGAUUACAUUUACAGUUCAUUUUAGUUUACUGAUCAUUGUCAUUAUCGUUUCAAUCAGGCUGAAUGACUGAAGACUAUUUUCAAUGAUUGUAUUGCCUGCUCAGUGCUUAUGGAUCAACAUGCUGAAAAAAUGCUGAUGUUUCAAGCUGAAUCAGUAUUAAAAAACAAGAAACAAUAAA